AUGCUCCGCCGCUGGGGGGCGCCGCUGUCCUGCGCCGUCCCCGUAAGGCGCUCCGUCCUCUCUCUGAUGUAACCGUGCGCACAUCACGUCCACCGGCGACACGCCGGAGCCCGAACACGGGGACAGGACAGACGUGUUUGCGGGUGAUGGAGGAGGAGCAGAGCGGGGACUUCCGUCCACAAGCAGCGGCGCUGACACACGCACACGCCGGGGAAUGAACGCUGUGUGCGCGGGCAGGUCGGUGGGUCUGCAGGGGGACACGCAGCGGGACGACUCCGGGUCUGUCUCCGGUGUGAGAACAUAAACACCGAGCACCGACCGACGCUGCCACCGGGCUCUAUGUUGCAUUCAGGCUCCGUGCAGCGUGGAGAUCCAGCUGAAUAACCGGGACUGCAGAGCUGCAGGAAGACGAGAGUGGAAAGCGUCCCUGGAGAUGGGCUGCAGGUGUGAAUAACGAUGACUCCCAUCCUCGCUGUUUGAACAUGCUGCACGGGUAGCGAAGCCGACCGAGAGGAGCGACUACCCUCUUACACUUCAUCCCCUCUGGACACACACACACACACACACACACACAAAGAGUCGGCCCAAUUCAAGCACAGCCAUGCUGAUCAAGGAGUAUCGCAUCCCCAUGCCGAUGAGCGUGGAGGAGUACCGCAUCGCUCAGCUCUACAUGAUCCAGAAAAAGAGCAGAGAGGAGAGCUGUGGCGAGGGCAGCGGCGUGGAGAUCCUGGAGAACAAGCCUUAUGAAGACGGACCCGGAGGCUCGGGUCAGUACACGCACAAGGUCUAUCACAUCGGCAAACACAUCCCGUCCUGGUUCUGUGCCAUUCUGCCUCAAGCUGCCCUUCGAGUGGAGGAGGAGUCCUGGAACGCCUACCCCUAUACAAGAACCCGGUACACCUGCCCCUUUGUGGAGAAAUUCUCUAUAGACAUUGAGACGUAUUAUAAACCAGACACUGGAAAUCAAGUGGACGUCUUCAAUAUGUCCUUAGCUGAGAAGAGACAGAGGACUGUCGACCCCAUAGACAUCGUGAAGGACUACAUCCCUCCUCAUGAGUACCUGGUGGAAGAAGACCCAAAGCUGUAUCAGUCAGUCAAGACCAAACGGGGUCCGCUGUCGGACGACUGGAUCGAGGAGAUCAACCAGAACUCCGGUGAAAGCCCCGUCAUGUGUGCCUACAAGCUCUGCAAAGUGGAGUUCAGAUACUGGGGCAUGCAGUCCAAGAUCGAACGCUUCAUACACGACGUAGGCCUCCGUAAGGUGAUGGUCCGAGCCCACCGGCAGGCGUGGUGCUGGCAGGACGAGUGGUACGGCCUGACCAUCGAGGACAUCCGGCUGCUGGAGCUGGAGACUCAGCUGGCUUUAGCCAAGAAGAUGGCCCAGUACAGCCUCAGCGAAGAGGGGGGGACGGAGACCAACGGCUCCUCCGUUAGCCAGGACCAGGAGCAGGGAGCUGAGACAGUGGGAUCGAAUGUGGAGGCUGAAGGAGGUGGAGGAGGAGGUGGAGGAGGAGGGAAGCUCGGAGACUCACUGGAGACACGAGGGGAACUCACCAAGCAGUGGUCAACAUCCUCCAGGUCCUCCAACAGGUCCUCGAAGAGAGGCGGGAGUCCGUCUCAUCAGAGCAUCUCCGAGUGGAGGAUGCAGAGCAUCGCCCGAGACUCGGAGGACAGCACGGACGACGAGUUCUUCGACGCUCAUGAGGACUUCUCUGACAACGAGGAGCUGUUCGCCAAGGAGAUCACCAAGUGGAGCUCCAAUGAUCUGAUGGACAAGAUAGAAACAAUCGAGGUGGACGAAGCACAAGAAACGUUGUAUCAGGAGUCGGGCGGGGAGUACGCCGUGAUGAGUAACGAGGAGCGGCAGAUGGAGGACUGUUCGUCUCAGCAGUGUCUCCAGCCGUCCAAAAUCCACGUCCUCGUCCUGGUUCUGCAUGGAGGCAACAUUCUGGACACCGGCUCUGGCGAGCAGAACAGCAAGCAGGGAGAUGUGAACACUCUGAGCGGGGCGUUUGAGACCGUCAUGAGGGUCCACUAUCCAGCAGCGCUGGGCCGCAUCGCCAUCCGGAUGGUCCCCUGUCCUGCUGUGUGCGUCGACGCCUUCUCGCUCGUCUCCAAUCUGAGCCCCUACAGCUACGACGAGAGCUGCCUGUCCAGCAGUCAGGACCACAUCCCGCUGGCCGCUCUGCCGCUUCUGGCUACCUCUGCGCCGCAGUACCAAGACGCCGUGGCCACCGUCAUCCUACGAGCCAAUCAGGUGUACAGCGACUUCAUCAAGUCUUUAGAGGGAGCGUCUUUUAGCGGGCAGGUGUGUGUUAUCGGGGACUGUGUCGGAGGUAUCCUCGGCUUUGAUGCUCUCUGCAGCAGCUCGGUGACGGUGUCGGAAAGCCAGAACAGCAGCAGACGGGGCAGCGCCAUCAGUGUCCAGGACACGGACCUUCUGUCUCCAGGUAUUGUCAUAAACAGCGUCUCUCCUUCGUCGCCGUCCCUCGAAGGAAGCCGCCAUCUCAGCCGUAGCAACAUCGACAUCCCUCGCUGCUCGGGGCCCGACGACCCAAAGAGGCAACUUCCGCGCAAACGCAGCGACUCCUCCACGUACGAGCUGGACACCAUCAAACAUCACCAAGCCUUCCUGACCAGUCUUCACUCCAGCGUUCUCCACGGGGAGCCCGGGUCAAGGCGCUCCAGUAACAGCACCAUGCUGGAAGGAGGCUCUUUAGGAAAGUUUGACUUCGAGGUGACCGACUUCUUCCUGUUCGGAUCUCCUCUGGGGUUGGUGCUCGCGCUGAGGAAGACCGUGGUGCCCUCGUUAGAUGUGUCCGCUCUGCGUCCGGCCUGUCAGCAGGUUUACAACCUGUUUCAUCCAGCCGAUCCUUCGGCCUCGCGCCUCGAGCCUCUCCUGGACAAGCGCUUCCACCUGCUGCCUCCCUUUAGCAUCCCCCGUUACCAGCGCUUUCCUCUGGGUGACGGACACUCGGCUCUGUUGGUUGAAACCGUGCAGAGUAACCCUCAGCUGCUGAUGGAGUCGGCUGGUGCCGCAUCCCACCGCUGCCAGGAGAACAGCGUUAACGAGACGUCGAUCCCCGUGCCCGUCCUCAACUGGCAGAGCUCGCAGCUCCACGCAGAGACUGAUUCUCUUCACUCACAUAUUUUUGUGGACGGGCAGUACCCGGCGUCCACGUCUCCAGGGGUCCCUCACCUUCGUUUCAACCGCAGGGCCAGCGAGGCCAGCCUCGCCAGCCAGGUGUCGGGCUUAGCCGACUCUUACACCGCCUCCAACAUCGCCACGAUUGCUUCGAGGUGGUGGGGCAGUAAGAGGAUGGACUACGCCCUGUACUGCCCCGAUGCCCUGACGGCGUUCCCCACUGUGGCUCUGCCUCAUCUCUUCCACGCCUCCUACUGGGAGUCCACAGACGUCGUCUCUUUCUUACUCAGACAGAUGAUGAGACAUGAGAAUUCGAGUAUUUUGGAGCUGGAUGGUAAAGAAGUAUCUGAAUUCACUCCGUCCAAACCUCGAGAGAAGUGGCUCCGCAAGAGGACUCAUGUUAAAAUCAGGAACGUGACGGCUAACCACCGCGUGAAUGACGCCGUCUUCACGGAGGACGGGGCCCAGAUGGUGAUGGGACGUUUCAUGUACGGCCCUCUGGACAUGGUCACCCUUACUGGGGAGAAGAUCGACAUCCACAUCAUGACCCAGCCUCCCUCCGGAGAGUGGGUGCACUUCGACACGGAGCUCACAAACAGCAGCGGACGCAUCGCUUACGCAAUCCCUGAGAAGAAAAGGCUCGGCAUCGGCGUGUAUCCUGUCAAAAUGGUGGUCAGGGGCGACCACACAUUUGCCGACAGCUAUCUCACCAUCGUACCGCAAGGGACGGAGUUUGUUGUGUUCAGUAUUGACGGGUCGUUUGCCGCCAGUGUGUCUAUAAUGGGCAGCGACCCAAAGGUUCGAGCUGGAGCUGUGGAUGUGGUGAGGUACUGGCAGGAUUUGGGUUAUCUGAUCGUAUACGUAACGGGCCGUCCUGACAUGCAGAAGCAGCGUGUCGUGGCCUGGCUCUCUCAGCAUAACUUUCCUCACGGCAUCGUCUCCUUCUGCGACGGGUUGGUUCACGACCCGCUCCGGCACAAGGCCAACUUCCUCAAGUGCCUCAUCAACGAGGCCCACAUGAGGAUCUUUGCAGCCUACGGCUCCACCAAGGACAUCUCCGUGUACUCGUCCAUCGGCCUGCCUCCGUCCCAUAUCUACAUCGUGGGAAGACCCACGAAGAAAAUGCAGCACCAGUGUCAGUUCAUCCCGGACGGCUACGCCUCCCACCUGUCCCAGCUGGAGUACAACCAGAGGUCUCGUCCCGCCAAGCCAGCGAGCACUCGCAUGGUCCUACGCAAGGGUAGCUUUGGGUUAGGCGCCGCCGGAGGCGAAUUCCUUCGCAAGCGCAAUCACAUCUUUCGCACCAUCUCUCAGCAGCCCGGAGGGGCCGGAUCGGCCUCUCCGAACCAGCCGGGUCGGACUGAGCGUACGCUGAGCCAGUGCGAGAUGGAGCGUGAGCGAGGGGUCGGACCGGCGACCCAGAGGAGUAUGAGCAUCGCUGCAGGGUGCUGGGGUCGCAGCGGGAGCACCAAGGAGGGCAGCGGAGGGUUACUCGGCCCUAAAUAAGGACCCAGCCUGAGCCACCAUGAUCUCUGGAUUGGACAGAGAUAGAAGGGUUGGUAGAAAUUAGAGGUGUAGAUGAGGUGAGCAUGAACAUUGUUAGAGAUUAGGGAUCUAGGUGGAUCUGUCCAGGAGGAGUGGACUAAUCAGGCGGGAUCCAGCGAACAAAAGACAGUUCUGUAGCAUGACUCUUUUACAGUAAUACUUUUAUAGGAUACAUCACUAACUAUUAAAAAAAAUGACAAGGAGGGAUUAAAUGAAAUAUUGUAAGCCUUAAACUAAUCUCGUAUAACGGGACGACCCCCCCACCUCCCCUUAUACAAUACACUGUCCUAGCAUUCACACCCAUGAGCUCAGGACAAACUGCAGAGCCAGAUCCAUCUCCAACAGUCGCGCACGGGUUUGAGGCAAAGUUGAUUGGCAGCCAUGUCAGAAAGCCAACGACUCUCACUUCUGUUUCCGUCCCAGUGUCAGCUGAGCAACAUGUUAGCAAUGACUGGCAAUAACACAAAUGAAAGGGAGGGAGUCAGUUCAUCUAAAUUACAUGAACAUUUUCAAGUAGUAUCGAGCCAUGCAAGUCGUUUUGGGUUUUGAGUUGCUGCCCCAGUCGAAGGAGUUCAGGUAUCUCGGGGAGUGGAGCUUGAGAUGAACCGAUGAUGCGGACGUUGUACCAGACCGUUGUGGUUCAGAAGCUUCUCAGCUUUCUUAGUCCAUCUACAUUCCAACCCUCCACCUUUAAAAAGUAACUAAAUAAGUAAAUAAGUUAGAUUACAAGUUACUUUAUUAGUUACAUUCAGCAGCUUCCGACAACCCCCCCGGACUUUCUUUGUAAGUUCGUGUUUUUGAAGCUAGAUAACACUUCGUCGCCAGCACAGAAUGUACAACCAACCUUACUGUUGUCAUCUUUAGCUGACACAAACUCACUUUUGAGAUAAGGUGAGGAGCUCAGAGUUAGAGCCUUUUAAAGAUGUACCCACAGGCUUCACCGAGAACAAGACUGAAAUAUCUCUUCAACUUUUGGAAGAGUUGCUAUGAUCCCCAGAGAUUAAUGCCCAAGGACUUUGUUCAUCCCCUGAGUUUUGUUUUCAUGCCAUCAUGAAGUCAACAUUUUGGGGUUUUUUUUGUUUUGUUUGUAAUAUGAUGUUCAUGGUACCCAGAGGAUGAAUCUUCCUUUUAGCAUCUAGUGUCAUCACAUCAAAGUUUUGACUCUCAACAUCUACAGGAUCAAUUGGCACAAAAAAAAAUAUUUCCCAGAUGAUGAAUCCUACUGACUUUACUAACAAAUCUUUCUAGUGCCACCAUGAGUUCAAUAAGUCAAAUGUCUCAACAACUAUUUGAAGAAUUGGCAUGAGAAUUGGUACACAAACAUUUUCUGAACCCAAACUUUGGUUUAUGACCAAAUAACCUCGAUUUGGAGGCAGAAAUCUUUAAAAAAAAAACGUUGCAUGGCUCGAUACCACGGAUAUGAUUUUGUUUUUGUAAUUUCAGUGAACUGUUCCUAAAAAUCUGAAGAUAUCUUGUAUCAGACAUGAAAGUUCUUGUCUUAGUCACAGAACAGUUGAGUUCAUCACUGAUAUGCUAUUUAAAUACUGGCAGUCCAGUUUUUCAUCCCACCGCGUGAGACUCUGUAGUGUUAUCCCUUUCAGCGUGGCCUCUGGGCCAUCCAAGGCCUUAAUAUCCAACAAGACACUUCUUGCUCCACAGAUGGAACAGAAAGCAGAAAAAAAACAGGGCAUGCAGCAUUAAAGCAACAACUGAAACACUGUACAGUCCACAGCAACAAUCCCUUUAUAUAUUCAUCUGCUUGCAAUACCUCUGAUCCACCAAUUGGUGGCGUUUCGUUUUGCUGCUGGGAGACACUUGGCGGCUUUUUGCUCUUUUUUUGCUUGUUGGAAACCGAACAGGAUGGACCUGGUGUUUCUGCUGAGGACCCUGAGAGGGACGGAGGCAUUAUUUCCACAUAGCUUUCAGUCACAGAGAGACCUGUCAGCAUUUUUACCAAGUGGACUGAAGAGCGUGGCAGGAAGUGAUUCAAAACUGGACUGAUCCUUUUUUGGGGGGUGGUGAUUGUUGGUGAGGUCUCACCCUCAGCAAACGUUUCAUUUCAUUUGCUUCUGUCGACUGAACUGAAUAGAAGAAGAAGAAGAAGCCACCUCACAUUUCCUGUCCGAGUUGUGCACAAAAGUCAGAUUUUUACCGUGCUGAUGCCACCCGAGGUUAGCUUCGAGUCUUUCUUCUGAACAACAGUCAGAAACAGCUUUUGCGUGCAGUAAUCCUGCCUCAUUAAAAGAUAAAAUCCACCUCUUACUGUGCGAAAAUGUAAUAAUCUAAUAUGAAGCUCAGCAGUUGGUCUGAGUUGGUUAAAUCAAGUGAAUAUCUUCAAAAGUUACAGACUUUUUUAGUAUGAAAUUAGCUCAAAAGUCAGCUCAGCUAAAGGCGAAUCUAAUAUUGUAUUGAAUAUGAAAUGACUUCCUGCUGACUCAUUUUUGAUACUCGAACAUCUAGCAGACUUUCAGGGUGAGAUCUUAAAUGGUUUAAAUCACCGGUUCUCAAACUGUGAUAUGUGAUUCAGAGUUGAAAAUCAAAAUUCCCCAUUAAGAGAUUAAAAUAAAGUAAAUCUUCUUCGUUGCUAUGCUGAUGACACCCAACUGUAUACUGUCACUUCAGACCAAGUGCAAAAACACAUAAUUAACCAUCUUUUCUACAGUCUAGUGACGUCGGUGCAGAUUGCAAACCUCUGAGUGGCCACGUAAAACUUUCUUUCAUUCAACAUUUCCAUACUAAAAAGGCAAAAGGGGAGAUAUUCACUUGAUUUUUAUGACGAUCAAAGCCUAAUUUUAUCAUAGGAUAAAGAAGAACAAUGAGAAUCAUUGACCAAAGCUGUAUCUGACUAUUGUUUUAAGGGUCUCAUUAACCUUCGGUACACUUUAAGCCCAUGAAAGCUUUUGCAGAUGCGGCGGUGUGGAGCUGUUUCAUUUUACUAUGCUGUUGUUUUAUGCCGCCCGUCGCUUCCACGCGACACAAGAGUGUGUCCGUUUUUCCCGCCACUCUCUGUGUGAUCAGCAAUGUCUUGAACCCACCACGAAAAGCCAAAAUCAUUCUCUAAUACUGUAGUUAAUCAACUGUGUAACCUCAUUGUCGUUUUUUGCACUAGUUUAUGGUGGGAAUAUACUGUAGUUACCAUCUCAUGUUGCUACAUUUGAAACACCUCUGUAGUGCAUGACACUUUUUAUUAAUUUCAGGGUAUACUGUAUGUGCAGGUACGCACAUGUCUGUACAAAAUAAUGUAAGUAAAUGUGCCAAAACAGAUAGUAGACAGUUCUAGAGGAGCAUUUAGACCAGGGGUUUUCAAAAGACACUGUGGGGGCCCCCCAACAGCCUCCGAUCCUCCUGUUACUUAUCUUUGUCUUGCCUCUAUUUGGCAGAUAUGUUUUGGAACUACAAUUCCCAGAUGCUUGCUACGACUGGAGCCUAUAGUUGUUUACAUUUUGGCAAAUUGGCACCAAUAAAAGUCAAACGAAAUAGCUAUUAGCAGGUCCUGUUUGCAGUGUACCCGUGGAUACUAACGUAUAAAUGCUGAAUGUUUCUGAGGCAGGUUCUGGAGUUGGAGACGAGAUAAUGAUAUCCCUAGAGAGUGGAAGUCAUACUGAAUCUAAAAAUAUCUAUAUAAUGUCUGUAUGUUCAGAUUUGUUAAGGGUAUGACUCAGAGAAGGCAAUCAGGCGCUAACAGUUUUAAAGCACCUUAAUUGCCUCCAUGAGUCACCGCUGCUAAAUCUGCUGACCAAACUACAAUAACGAACUUCCUGCCGACUUCAACAACAGCCCAGCAGUGGGAGGCACCGCACAGUUUGAAAACCCCUGAUUUAGACGGCAUCGAACCUUUUAUGAAAGACGAAGACGAAGAAGAAUGGGGAGCAGGGUACCGAGAACGUUAACUGCUUUGACGAAAUUACUUUUUAAUGUAACAUUGUCCACGUGUGAGAAAGAAAAGUGGCUUUAACAGAAAACUGAAGAUGUCUUUUAAACUUUGAGUUGAGGGCAGAGGUCGAGCGUGAUCGUGGACAAUGAGCUAUUUUCACGAGAAGUCGUGGGCUCGUGGGUUUUUGGCUACAAACACAUCGUUCCCUUUUUGGCCGAUCGGCUGCUGAGUUGAAUGUCCGCCCAUUCGGUGGGUGUGUCAGUGUACAUACUGUAAAGAUGUAUAUGUAGGACUUAUAUGUUUGAGAGUUAUUUAUUUACCUAAAGAUCAUGAUGUUACUCUGGAAAUUUCAGGUGAAAUAUAUUUGAAAUAUGUAGCAUUUUUUGUUUGUCAUUAAGGCUACGGACCAACACAGGAAAGGUUUUAUGUUUUUACCAGUGCAAUAUUAUUGUUCCAAUCACAGCCAGGCAGAACCACUAUCACAGCAGGGGCACAAUCGACCACAACACAAGCUGCAGGCAAUUCACAGUCUGAAAUCACACACACACACCACCUGCAAGUUGUUUCACACCUCGUGAAAGCUAUUUGUAUUCGAGCUACUGUUGACCUCUGCUGUCUCUUUACAACAGUCAACUGCUGAGCAUUUUAUAGGACUUACUGUACCUAUUUUUCAAACUGGAGUAUUUUACAGAACCUUUGAAAUAUAACUGGAGGCUGGUUUUUCAGUCAGCGGGUGCAUGAAAAAGUAAAAAAAAAAAAAACAUAACGAAGCAGCUCUAUUUAACAAGCUGUUGCAUGUCAUCCAGUCAGAUUGAAACUACUUAAUCUUUCAUGCUUAACAAUAAUAAACCAGUUUGUGUUGUCCUCUA